CAGCCUAAGCCUCUACAACUCGCAUCGAAUCGAAUCGAGAGGGAGGAAGAGGAAACCCUAGCUCAGAGUCAGAACACGGUGCCCGCGAUGUCGCCGCCUUUGUUGCUCCGCCGCGCCCUGCAGAGGCUUCUCCCCCACCGCACCCGCUCUUUCUGCAGCAGCAGAUUAUCCUCCUCAUCUUCCUCCCCGGGAGAGGUCAAAAGUAUCAGGCGAUUUGAUGAAUUUGAGGCGAUGGCACAAAGGGAGAUUGUUGAAGAUGUGGAGGAAGUGAGGAAACUGAAGAGCGAAGAUAGAAAUUAUCUCAACAGGCUGUUAACUUCUUGGGGGGUGCCCAAUGGGGAGUUUCGAGAUAAGCUAAUGUGGGGCGGUAAUGUUGCAGCGAUAUUUAUUGCGUCCAGUGCAGUUGGGACUUUGAGUGCUAAAAUAGAUGGGAGUGCGUAAGUAUGCAUGCAAACGAUUCGGGAAAGGAAGCACUUGUUCUCCUGUUAUCAGCUCUCAUCGUGUGUUUGUGAUGACUUGUUAUUGCUGACAUAACAGCCAUUGCACUUAAUAUCCUUUUGUCCUAACCGUGGUGUGUAACAUAUUAACAUAUAUUUGAAUUGUGUUCUCAGUAUAUGCAUGUGACACUGAGGGGAUGUAUGGUGCUCGUCUUCUACUACAUUUUGUUAUGUUAUCAGUAGUGGUCAUGCGCGAUCUUGGUUCUGUUUAA